CCCAGCCCGCACCCCGCGGCGGUGGCGGGCAGAGGAACGGGAACCCCCGCUGCGGACAGACCUUCUGGCGGGAGCCGGGCAGAAACAAAUUGGUCGACACCUCCUUUGUCUGGAUGCUGAUUGUACCUUUGAACGCCCUCUGGACCAGCCCUCUGCAGCUCUUUCACUUGUGUUGACAGAUAGUAGUCCUCAUCCUGAAGCUUUAAUUUCAUUGUCUAGUCUGAGAAGAGAGUAAUCUCUAGUUGCAACAGAUCCUAAGAUACUGUGUGUGAUAGUUUCAGAGUCUACUUCAUCAUAAUGCUGGAGAUGCCAGAUACAAUCUAUAAUAAUUUCUCACUAUAUACUUCAGAGUAAAAGGUGAUCUGAAAGAAGACAGAAUGUCAGGCAACACAGACAGGAAGAAUCAAGGAAUUCUUAAAGAAGCUGUGGCUAAACAAGACUCAUCUUCAUUAACUGAUGCUGUAGAGCAAGUUGCAAAGCAACAACAAUCACAAACAUCAGAAAUAGAAAAAAACAAAAAAAUUCUGUUGCAUUUACAGAAUGAACUUCAUGAGCUUGAAAAACAAAUAGCAUCUGUCUCUGAAGAAGCUAAAGAAACAGAAAGGCAAAUUUAUCAGCAAGAUGCUACCAUAGAGAAUACCAAACUUCACUGUGGAAACCUGGAAACUCAAAUUAGAUCCUUACAUACAGUAAAUGUAAAGCUUAAAUUUGACAUAGAAGCAGCUCAAGAAGAGCUUGAGGAACACAUGAUAAGAUACAAUGAAUAUUAUGCAAAAAUAAAAGUUCAUAAACAUAGUCUUGGGGAUGUAGAAAGAAAGUGGCCAUUCAUGACUGAACUCCAUGAAAAACGAGAUCUUGUUAAAAAACUAAAGACAAUGAAAGAAGAACUUAUGCAAGAUCUCCAAAAUCCAGAAGGAAAUUGGAUGAAACAAGUACAGGAAGAUAUUACAAAAUUAAAGGAUAAAAUUAAAUCUGUAAAAGAAUCUAUCAUUGAAAAAUCUUGUUUUCUUGAGGAAGAGAAACAGACACAUGAAAAAUUAAGAAAAGAAAUAGAGGUACAACACAAGAGAUAUGGUGCGAUUCUUAAGCGUUUGCAUUGUCAGGUCAACAAGCUUCAGUCAAAUAGAAGACAGUGGCAAUGGAACAUUCAACAACUGGAAAAAACUGCAGCUGAACUAAGAAAACGUAUUGGAAUGAAAGAUUAACAUGGCCAAGGAGUAACGUAGAGCACAGGCUAUGUCAACAAGGAUUGUGGGACAGAAUGUUGAGAAAAUUCUUUGGAUUCUUAACAACCACCAUAACUAUCAGAGGUCUACCUUAGUGAUAGAUUUGUUUCUCUUUUUUUGAGUCAGUCAUAUAUUUGUUAAAGUGCCUUCCUACCCUGCAAUUAAUAGCAGUAGAUAGAUAACAGAAGUGCUAAUACAAUAGUGGAAGAUACUGUAUGACUCUUUUGAGUGUGUAACAUUUCUUCUCAUGACUGCCUACUUAUAACAUGUUGCCUUCAGUAUUACAUGAAGUAAAAAUGCAGUAAAUAAACACUUGAAUUUAUAAUUAUUUAAAUUAUCAAUAAUUUUUAAAAAAAUUGUCUAUUUCAAGCUUUAUUUUUUUAACCACCACUUUCAUAGUUGUCUGCAAAUAUUGACAUUUUACAGCAAUGUUUUCUCUUUUAUCCAGAAGGUAGCAUUCAUUAGUCUCUGUUAUUAAAUAACCUUUUUAGAGUGUACAGCAUAAAACUUUUGCUCAAUUUUUGAAGAAUUUUUGCAAAUUCUUCAGUGAUAAGAACAAUACAAAAUAGUAAUAUUCUGAAGCUAAAGUUGAAAAUAUCAUGUAAGAAAAAUAUAUGAACUCUCAAAAGAAGAGUGUUUACCGGUAUAGACUAAUGCAUUUUUUUUUUAAUUAAAAGGUUCACGACAACCAAUCAAAAUUUAAUUUGUCCCUUUUAUGGUAAAAAGGUCUUCUCAUCACUACACUGAGUACAAUUUUUAAAAGCAGAGAUAAAAUAUUAACUAUGGAAGGUGUCAUUUUAAAAUAUUCACUUUUAGGAUUUAAGUACUUCAGCACAACAACAUCAAAAACGCAUUGCAAGUACAUUUUCUCCUCACUUUUAUAUGUAUCUGAAAUUUGGGAAGAGUUUAGCUGAUAUAAAACUGACAAUAAUGUUGUUGUGUUUAACAGUAAUAGUCUUACAAGUUAUGACUUAUGACUAAUAACUUCAAAUGGCUUUUGCUGUAACACAAUAAGCUUUGGUACAUGACUCAGAAAUGCAGCUAAGAAUAAAAACAGAUUAGCCUCAGAUUGUAGAAAGAACCCACUAUGCUCAGCUGAUAAUAAGCCUGAACCAAAUGCGGAUUACAUAAAAAUAUUUAAAUGUACUUUUAGUAUUUAAAAUAUUCUACUUACAGUUAUACUUUGUAAUUUCAUUAACAUUUUC